AUGUUAAAUUCAAGUUGCGCAAUUCGUGAACUUGAAGGAAUCAGCGCGUUCUCAGUAAAUAUUCUUUCCGCUGUCUUAGGAAGUCUUGGUAAUCUAUUGGUUUGUUCGACAGUGUACUGGAGCCCGCGACUUCACAAGGCAUGGUGUUAUUUUAUUUGCAGUUUAUCUAUCGCUGAUCUGAUGGUAAAUCUUGUUGUGCAACCGAUGGAAGCGGUUCUCACGUUCGCGCGCAUGAAGGGGAUUUGCGAUCACGAGCUGCGAGAUGCGUUUCGUUUGGCAGCCUACAUAACGUGCGGCGCUUCGCUUAUGAAUCUGGCGUUUAUGAGCGUGGAGCGGUGUUUAGCUAUUGCGUGGCCGCUAAGACAAAGGCAACUCCGACAUCUCACUCGGAGAAGGGUUCUUUUUUUGUUGAUUAUCAUUUGGGGAGUUCCUUGCCUUCUUGGCACAUCUGGUUUAAUAGCUGGAAAAGGGACAAGGUUGUCUUCAAUACUGGUCCUUAUAGGACUGGCAGGUUGCUACGGAGUCAUAUUAACCAGCUAUGGAAUACUACUGCUAAAAACAAGAACGCAUUUCAAAGUGCACUUCGCGAGAACAGUAGUAGUAAAAGAGUUUCAUAAUAAGGGAAACAACAGUGCUUGUCAACUCAGCAACGGAAAAGUCAAUGAUGCAUUCGAAAGCAAGAGUCAUCAGGAUUGUAGUGCGCGUGCGACCGAAAAACGAAGAGGAUCUGCUAACACACUUGCUGCCAAGAAAAGGCGGGAAUCUGAGCGGCGUGCGGCCAAAACAAUUGCUGUGGUAAUUGCUUUAUUCACUCUAAGCUGGGUUCCAUACGGAUAUGUUCUUGUUACUGACCCAGAACAAAACAUUAAUACUUUCUACGUAUGGGCAGUAACCAUUGGAUUAACAAAUUCCUCUGUGAAUCCUCUGGUGUACUUUUUCAGCAACAAAGCCUUCAGGAAGAAUUCCAAACGACUUUUACGAUCUAUCGUUUGCUGUUUCAGAGAAUACUAAGAUGUUUAAUGGCCGCAUUUUAUGAGAAGUGAAAUGUACUAUUCUUGAACAGUAUUCCAUAUCAUCUAUUUAUUCAGUGAGAGAAAAAUGCUAAAUAAAGAAAGCUCCAUCGCGUAUUUAAUUGAUAUGACUGGCAAAAUGAUAAUUUAAAGACCCGGAUGAAAGAUUGCUAAAAAUUAUGAUUGCGUAUUUUUUAAACGCUUUUACUAAGAGCCGGUUAAGUGAGGAAUUCCAUCCCGGGUUCAGUUAAGUGUUUCACAAUCAAGUUUCAGGGUGGUGCGCAUGCGGGUUACGUUAAUAAUUCAGUCCGGGCUGAAAUUUCAAGGGCACCCAAAGGGAAUUUAGUUCAAAACCAUUUAAACAUAGCAUUGUUAAACGUAUUUUAGUAUUUUAACGCUAGAUAUAGGCAUAUUUUUAUCCCCUGAAAAUUUUUCAUCUGUUCGGAUUGCCUAGCUGAAAGUCUAGUGAUCCGAAAAUUAUAGGAAUCAAAACUUACCUUUUCGAAAAUUUCAGCCAGAAAAAAGGCUCCCGAAAAUUAUUGGUGACCUUUUUAGGAUAAAAAUCCGUUAAAAAUGGGCAAUUAUACCCUUUUUAGAUGUUCGAAAAUGCUAGGAGAGGCCGGCAAGCAAGAAAUUUUACUCUACUUUGCUCUGCUGACUGGACCAGCGCCUAAUGUCUGGCAGCUAGGUGUACAAAAAGCACAAAACUUGUAAACUUUCAAUUUAGAUUCCUUCACCGAAUUUUACCAACGAACCUUUUCCUAACAAAAAUCGAUAUAAAGCAGGACCCGAACUGCUCUUUCUGUACCAUCCAUCCCGAAAACCUAAUCCACCUCUUCUGGAACUGUACAAUAGUAGCCACCUUUUGGGAAAAUUUGACUGAAAAACUAAAGCAGAUCAAUCUAAUAACGAUAGAUUAUCCAGAAUACACUGCUGUAUAUCUGGGUAUGAAACCAGACACCUCCAAGUUUUCACUUCAACUAAAUUUCUGCUUUCUCCUGGCAAGAUAUUAUAUAUGGAGCUGCAGGGUCAACCAGAAAAUUCCGAAUUUAACAACUUUUCUUAUGUCCCUUAAAUCGCAGUUUUACAUAGAGUCCAACAACAUUGAUGCAACUUCUAAGAAAUGGAAUCCUUUACGUCCACUUCUCAACAUUACAUAGCUUUUGGUAAAAUAAAAGCUUUCCUAUUUAUCCAUUUUCUGUAAAUGGACCAAGGCCAAAGUGCAAUUGAGAGCUAGACAUACCGCCAAUAUUUCUUAAUUAAAGUAUCUAUUUCACAUAUCUUUCCGCACUGUUUAUUAAUCAUCUUAUUAAUCAUCUAAUUAUGCAUAUUUAUGAUUUAUUAUUAAUAUUAGCAAUUGUAGUCAAUGUUAUGUCAAGUAGUUAUUGCUAAAAACCGGAGUCGCCUUUUCUUUCUUUUCUUUUCUUUUCUUUUCAUUUAUUUAUUGUCUUUAGUAGUCCUUUUGUUUGUUGUAAACUAGUUUUAGGUAUUUUAAUGUAAGUAAGUAGCAAACAAGUAAGUAGUAAAGCUGUAACGUAAGUAAAUUUUGUAGUCUUGUUGUAAGUAAGUACCGUGUAGCUGUAUUGUAAGUGAAUACCAAGUGUGAUUAUAAAAUAAAAAAAAUAAAACAAAUAAAUAAAUUAAAAAAAACAGAAAUUUUACAAUAAAUGUUCCGAAAAUUCUAGAUCUCAAAUCUUCUUCCGAAAAGAAGAAGGUUUUCAUCUUUUUAGAUGUUCGAAAAUCCUAGGAGAGGCAGGCAAGCAAGAAAUUUUACAACAAAUGUUCCGAAACUUCUAGAUCUCAAAUCUUCUUCUGAACAGAAGAGGGUUUUCAUCGUGUUUGACCGGGCUGAAAUUUCCAGCCUGGUUGGUGCUACGGGGUUUGAAUAUCCCUUUACACACUAUUUUAUCCUAUGUGCCGAAUAGUUAAUAAGCUCCUCUAUAACUAGACUGUCUAACUAAGUUUACAGUGGUAUAAUUUCUGUAACAUGUUCGUUCUCCAUAUUUGUUGUGUAUGUUUAGAUUACCAUGAUUUCGUUUGUUAUAAGCUAGGUGUUUAAUGAUGCAUUGUAGUCACUUGAUCAUGAUCCUUUAAAUAGAAGAAAGGUUGACCAGGAGAAUCAAUAGAGAGAAGAAUAUCUUGGGAAAAGUAGAAAAUGACAACAACAACAACAACAACAACUGUAACAGAUGGCACAGUCAGCCUAGUCCCCAGGCGUUUUCGGCUUGGUCAUUCCUGGACUCUACCAUGAGCUGUGACGUCACCGAGAGAUACUCGCCGAGAACUUCAGGGCGGAAAAACGUAAUGAGCAUGCGUAGAGUCUCCAAUACUUCGCGCGGACAACGGAGAGAGAGAGAACGACUAGGGACUAGGCUGGGCCUCAGUAUUUUUUUGUAUUGGUGUGACAAUUCUUUAAGAAAUACUAGCUUUACAUAUCCGUAGUCCUUAAAGAAGACUCUACAGUAGCUGCUACAUACCCCAUUGCUAUACACAACAUUGUUUAUCGUUAUUACCAUUGUUUUACAGUUAGGGUAAUGAUGCAUGGGAAGUGUAACUAUCAGUGGAAGAGUAAAUCAGUUGAUCCAUCCAUACGAAAAAAAGCCAUUUUUAAGCCAGAAAUCACAUGCUUUCUUAUGGUAGUCCUCUUUAAUUACGGUGACUCCGUCAUUUGUGAAGAGGGCGGUGCUUUCAGGGUACCUUUUCCACGAGUUGUCCUUAACAGUUCCUUUGUGAAUGAAUUCACCGAAUUGUCUUCUGAGGUCUUUCAUAAAUCUUUUGUCCUUCUCCGAUGGUGUAUACUUCAACUCGGCGGGAAAACCAAAAAAGGCGACUUGAUCCCAUAUAUGGCAUGCAAGCGAGGCCGGGUAACCAAAUACAUUGAUUGGAGCGGAGGGACUGUUGGUAAUUACGUAUCUAUACACAGGACUCUUAAAACCUCUGGAAGCAUUCAGCGCGAGGACAUUUGUGGGACACGUUUCACGCAGGUCUGACACCAUUGAUGAGUAGGCAAACUGAAGGGAGACACUUUCAGCCAGACUUUCGUUGUACAUACUCAAUACUUCAUCGACAUCGUUGCCAAGAAAUGGACGCAGCUUUUCCUCAACAUGGUCCUUAUAGUCUCUGAAAGCUGAGUUCCCGAAGGUUUUCACUGGCGAAAUAUUAAUUUCUUGAGCUGUUGUUCCUAUAAUCAGGGGUACAUCAUUUGCUUUUCUGGAUUCCAUAGCAACAAGAGGGGGUUGCGCUACGAUAGUUUUGUCGACCACCGCGACUGCGCCAUCGAAGUGAUUCUUUGUGGGUAGAUCCAUAAGAUCAGCCAUUCGCCAGUACGGAUAUACAUCCCAAGGAAUGGCGUCCUCGAUUUGCUUAGGAGUUAGACUAUACAAACAUUCCCUCUCAUCUGCCGAGCUGUUUCUCUCGCAUUUAGAGUGCUUAACAAAGAUUUCGUUGUCAAUGGCCGCAUCUUCAGAUGACUUGUUGAAAACCGGGGAAGCGCUCAUUACAAUUGCUCGAUGAAAAAGUCCAGCAGCACUUGGCGAUGCUAGAAGUGCCAGUUCAGAAGUCCCACCGGAACUUUGACCAAUUAGCGUAACGGAUGCCGGGUCACCUCCAAAUUUCUCAAUGUUUCUUUGCACCCAUUUAAGUGCUAAUAUCUGAUCCAUGAAGCCAUAAUUACCGGCGGAUUUUGUCGGGGAAGCGUCUGCUAAAGACUUAAGUGAAAGAAAGCCAAACGCGUUCAACCUGUAGUUAAAAGAUACUCCAACAAUGUCCAAUCCUAAAACCAUUUCAGGUGUUGGAUGUAGCCCUUUCCAAUUGCCCGAAAAAUACAGCAGAUAUCCGCCAUGAAUGUAGACUAACACGGGUAGUAAUGUUUUACUACGUUUUUUAGGCGUCCAGACGUUUAUAAACAAGCAGUCUUCGCUUCCAAUUGGUUUAGUCGGGUCUUGGAUGUUUGUAACAUCUUGUUGAAAGCACAUACUCCCGAAUUUUGUGGCAUCCAGGGUUCCACUCCAGCAUGUGUUUAUCUCGCAAAGAACCGAGGGCUUCCAGCGUAGAUCUUUAACGGGUGGUUUAGCGUACGGUAUACCCUUGAACGCAACAACGCCACUUUCGAAUUGUCCGCGAACAACACCGCCUUGUACUUUUACUUCAACUGUUUGCUCUAUUGUUGAUACUCCUGCCUUUUUGGAAAAGAAAUAAUAAAUGAUCCCUCCAAGGGAAGCGAGAAACACAAUGAGCAUGAUAAUGAUCGCAGCAAUUUUCUUCUUCUUCGUCUUUUUUGUUGUUUCCGACAAAAUCAUGUCCUCAAUAUCUGAUUCAUCAUCGCUCAUCGACAGAAGUGGAUUUGAUAGAUCCGUUUCUCGUCUAUUCGGACUCAUCUUAACAGCGGCUGUAAUACAGCGUCAAGAAUCUUCCGUUAUGGCUUUUGUUGAGGCAGUCAAGCGUUUUCGUGACAAAAGCUCCUUGUACACCAGGAAGCUUAAUAUCUUUUAUUUUUAUGCAAGUGUUAUUCAAUAGAGUUUGAGAAUAACGCAUAUCUAAGUGUUUUGAGAAAAAAACUGUCUUUUCAGCGUCACGCAAACUAGAAAUAUCUUUAGUCCCAGGAAAUUGUCUUUUGGGAGUUAGAUUUUGCAGCCGAAGCCCUAUAGGUACAAAAUUUCUCAGCUUCACACUUUUAAAAAUUAAAACGAAUCGUAAAAAAAAACAGAUGUGAAAAUUUCCACGUGCCGGCUAACCGCGUUAGAUAUUUGAUAUGUGACACAAGGUCGCGCCGGAAGUGUCACGCUUAUAAUGCUUUCAAAACAGUACACUUUCAAAGCAACAAAAUAAAAAGAAGGUACCUAGAGAGAGCACACAUUAAGGGCCGGACGGAUGUAAUUUGUCGCCAGAUCGGCAAUAACAUCAAUAUUUUGCUUUCUUUUUGUUGUGCCGUUGAACAGGGUAUGCGUUCUGAGUCUUAAAUGGGGUGUGAAUUCUGGCGGUGUGCGGUCUACGUGUGUAACGAAGUUUUUUUAAAAUAAUUUUUUGUUCUGUCAGUAAUCUCGAAAAAAUUUUCAUGUGAUUCCGCAAACAAAUUAAAUAAAUAUAUUUUCCCCAUUUUGUAUUGUAUUUUAUUCUAUCUAUAAAGAAAAUAUCUCCUUAAGGGCUACAGUCUAAAACAGUCACAAAAAACACACUCUUGUUUUAAACCCCGGGGGGGCACUUUAGGAAUUUCUGGGUGGGGAUGUGCCGCUGGGACCCUGGAACCCUUAUUUGGGUUCAGCUGAAUUUUGCUACCCUAGUCUAAAACCUAGUCAGUCAGAAAAAUCUUCAAGCAACUCUCAAAAAAUGAUACCCUAUUCAGGGUGGCAAAAUGAAAACGGAAAACCAUUUUGUCUUAAACAGGGUUUUAAACAGGGUUUGAACGGCAGGGUCAGAGUUUGAAGGCCUUGGCGGCUCACCUACACCCAAACUCCCCUCAAGUGACUCCCCCCCCGGGCAUAUAUUGCACAGCAUCCGACCUUAAACUGAUUUAUAACUCUGUCUUCGUUUGAAUAUUGCUCGCUUUAAAAUCAGGCUGUUCGAGUGUUUUCACUUUAGCGUUGACCGUUCGCGCGUUCUUCAAAUUCUGACUUGCAACCUGCAACCUGCAACCUGCAACCUGCAACCUGCGACCUGCAACCUGCAACCUGCAACCUGCAACCUGCAACCUGCGACCUGCAACCUGCAACCUGCAAAUUGACCCAGACGCCUCAGUUAGGUGUAAGGUACGCUUUGAUUGUUUUUGUUUUGUUUCGUCUGAACACCAUAGCCUUGGUUUUGUCUGUAUCUUGUCCCAAAUUCCAUCAGUCUGUUUUGGCUGUGUUGGAUUUCAGCCUUCCAUGGAAUCCAAAUUUUCCCUCAAACUUGAAACUUGCUUACCGUAACUAAUUUUUAACUUUUGCAAUAUUUCUCGGUAUCAUCGACACCCACGGGUGCAUAAGGGUCAACGAGCUAAACAAACUUACUGGAUGUUUAUAAUGGAUUUAACACCUAUUCAGUAGUUUUUUUCGUGUGAAGAGGGAGAUCAUGUUAGUACAUGUAUUUGUAUCGACACUGAGACGAGUGGGUUCUAAGAACUUUGUACAGCAUGACAGGUGCGUGACAUGUCACUUCUAUUGAUAGUAAAUUACGUGUCACGUGCGCAUGCAUGGCGACUACAAAUCUACCGAUGGGAAGUCUUCAACAAUGCGAAAAUCGCAAGAAACAAGACCUUUUCUUCCUGAUCGAAAACAUUCAGACUCUUACAUGGAAAUACAAGAUGGUGUACAUUAUAGUUCACUCGAUUCACGGAUCCGUUUGGCUCGACAGCGCAGAACAAGACGCUGUGCACUUGUGUUUGUUGUCAUUCUUUUCAUCGUCAUCUUAGGAGGGCUUUUGUAUUAUUAUUUCUCGCGCAAAGUAAAGGAAUACGAAAAUGCUGAGGAAACUCAGAGCAACAUAGUUGAACUCAAGAGUGGUUCCGUACGUGGAAUAUUCGAGAAUGAUGCUGUUGUGUUUAAGGGAAUUCCGUAUGCACUGGCUCCCGAAGGAGAUCUACGUUGGAAGGCGCCUGUUGCUUGUAAAAUGAACAACUGCUGGAGAGGAACUUUUGAAGCUAGUGAAUUUGGAACUAUGUGUGCCCAGCAAGAUGUGCUAAACAAAACGGAUCCCACCAGAGUCAUCGGUACCGAAGACUGUUUGUUUAUUAAUGUUUGGACGCCAAAAAAAAGACCCAGUGAAAAGUUGCUGCCCGUGCUAGUAUACAUUCACGGUGGAUACUUGCUGUAUUCCUCAGGAAACUGGAAUGGGCUAUGUCCGUCUGCUGAAUUGGUGACUGAGAUAAACGUGGUUGGAGUUUCUUUUAAUUACAGGUUGAAUGCGUUUGGUUUUUUAGCUUUGAAGUCUCUGGCAGAUGCCUCACCUUCUAUAACCUCUGGAAACUAUGGUUUUAUGGAUCAGAUCUUGGCAUUAAAAUGGGUUAAAGAAAAUAUUGAGAAAUUUGGAGGUAAUCCCGCCUCUGUUACUCUGAUUGGUCAAAGCUCUGGUGCAACGUCUCUUCUAGCGCUUCUUGCUGCACCUGCUGCAAAAGGACUUUUCCGUCGUGCAAUUCUCAUGAGCGGCUCACCAAUUUUCAACAAGUCAUCGGAGGAUGCAGCUCGUGACAAUGAGAUUUUUGUAAAAAAGUCUAACUGCGUAAGAAACAACUCAUCUGCUGAGCGAGAAUGUUUGUAUUCACUUACUCCCAAGGAAAUUGAAGAUGCAAUUCCAUGGGAUGUGUAUCCAUACUGGCGCAUGACAGAUCAAAAUGAUCUGCCCACUAAAAACAUGUUUGAUGGUGCCGUUGCUGUAGUCGACAAAGUUGUAGUGCCACAUCCUCCCCUUGUUGCUAUAGCAACAGGAAGAGCAAGUGAUGUACCAUUGAUUAUUGGAACAACAGCACAGGAGACAAAUUUUCAGCUAGUUAAAAACUUUGAGAAUUCUACAUGGGCUGAUUAUAGUGCUUAUGUCAAGGAAAAACUUUUUCCUUUUAUUGGAGAUAAUGUUAGUGAAGUGUUGAGUAUGUACAACAGAAGUGUAUCUGAAGGUUCUGCUCUUCAGUUUUCUUACACUUCCAUGGCAUCUGAUGUCAGAGUAACUUGUCCGAAUAAUGUCCUCACUCACGAUGCAUCUACAUUUUUCAAGAGUCCUGUUUAUCGUUAUGUGGUGACAAAUUCCCCAUCUGCCCCGAUAAAUUUAAUUGGAUUUCAAGCGACGCUUGCUUGCCACAUGUGGGACUUGGUUGCAUUUUUUGGUUUUCCAAAAGACUUUCAGUACUGUCCUUCUGAAAAAGACCUGAGUUUUAUGAGGGAUCUGAGAACAGAGUUUAGUAAAUUCAUUCAUAACAAACCUUUCACAAGUUGGGGUAAAUAUCCUCAAAAUACUUCUGUCUUUACUGAUGGAGGGGAGAAAAUUCUUGAGAGGGAUGGAUAUCAUAAGAAGGAGUGUGACUUUUGGCUUGACAAUGGAUUUUUUCCUUAUGCAUGGAUAAAUUAA